AAUAUAACUGAUGUAGAUUCAGCACCACGUUCAUUAGCACUGUUGGAGCAGCACCAAAUCUAGAAGGCUAUUUUCUAGAGACCCAGCAGAGCCAUUUUUCCAGCAGCAACAUUAGCGGGCAGCAAUUCACUAAAUUACUAUUCAAGUUAUAUUUUGAAGCUUAAAGCACCACGUAGCUCAUCAAUAAAUUUGUGUUAUCUCCGUGGAAAAAAGGUCAUGCCACAAUACAAAAAGUUAGCCCUUCAUAAUUCAGUUUGUAACGAAGUAUUUUUUCGACUACAAGAUUGUGAGGCUGAACAUCCUUUUUCAAGAUUUAUUGGUCAGUGUACUGAUUUCAAUAAAGAACUUGAUAAAUGUAUAAGAGAUAAUAGACAGCGAAUGAGAGAAAAAAAUCACUUAGAAGCUGAAGCACGACAUAAAAGAAUGAGAAAUUUACCUGACUAACUGAAUAUAUUGUAUGGAAUGUAGUAUAAUUUUUUAUACAAUAUUACAGACUAGUUAUUAACACCAAUAAUUUAGUAUCACUAUAAUUGUUCAAGUUUUAUUUAGUAUUCUCUUAAAUUGAUUUAGGCGUUAGAAAUUUUUUACAAUGGAUGAUAACAUGCAAGCUGGGCUGGAUAUAUUGAACAAAAAUGAAGCAGAAAAUGCUAUUGAAAAUGAGCAUGUUAAUAAAAAACCUAAACUUUGUCAAUCGACUGAUGAAAAUCUUAAAUUAGGCACUGAUAUCUCUAAAAAUGAAUCAAAAGACAUUGAAAUGCCUUUAGCUGAAGAAAAUCAAUCGAAGCCAUGUAGUAGUACACAAAACACGCAAGAAACAAGUGAAAGAAUGUUAACAGUUUCUUUUUCUGAAAGUUCAAAAUAUAAGCCAGAUUCCUUUAAAACAGGUGAUGAUUCUGAUAAAGAUGACAAUGAAUUACCUGCCAGUCAGUAUGAAGCCAAAAAAGGAUUUAAUUAUCCAUUAGAAAGUGAUGCUUCUGAUAUGUUAGAUGAGGUAGAUGCUAUUCAAGAUGGAAGGUUUCCUACAGUAACUGAACGUUAUCUUACACCAUACUAUCAACUUGAUAUAACACAACCAGGCGAUGAUGUAUGUAUCUUAAUUCACUCCAAUCGUAUUUGUAUGUUUACACUAGCUCCAAGUCAUAUAAUCUAUCAAAAAAAUAAAAAAAUUGUAAAGUGCGAUUAUCAAGUCAGUGAAAAGUUAAAUAGGCUCAGAAACAAAGUAUCUGGAAAAGCUAAACAUGGAGCACAACCUUUACAAAAUAAUUCUAAUUUAUGCCGUCUAACAUGUGAUGAUGGUUCAAUUUAUGUAGUAAAAUGUUGUAUAAUUGGUAAACUUGUUGAAGUGAAUGAAAGACUUGUUGAAGAUCCUGAAUUGCUUAAACAACUACCUCAUGAUGGAGGGUAUAUAGCCAUUGCUUUGCCGAAUUUGAAACAUUUGGAUAAAAUUAAAAGUAAACUUCUUGACCAAAAAAGCUAUGAAGAAGCAUUAAAAGAACGAAAAGAAAGAAUAGAAAAAGAAAAAAAUAAAUUAAAUGAUAAUUUGGUUCUAGAUGACGAAAAGGAACUGAAAAAUGAGCACAACAAUCAUGUAGAAUCUGUUGAAAGUAAGGAACAAAUAGAAAUUAGCAAUAUAAAUAAUUGUCAAACGAAAAUUGAUAUGAUGGAAGUUGUUGAGUUGUAAUAAAAGGACUUUUUAUAAUAAUAAAAUGAUU